UGACAUUCAUAAGCUAACUGGCAGGCGAGAAGUUACUUCACGGCACUGAACAACAGAUAGAUCGUCAAUCAACAUUUCGCACCCAUUUCAGGAUGUAUAUACAAGUGGUUUCCGUUCUCAGUGUGAUGUGCUGCUCGCUUAUGCUGCACUUUGUCGAAGGGCAGCAUACCCAUUUUAGCACGGGCUGGGCACCGGGCUUUGGAGUUGGAAAGAGGGGAGGAAUGAAGGAUUAUCCGACAGAAAACUGCGAAGAGAAAUUACAAACCUACAUGCGUAUACUAGAAAAAAUAUAUUCUGAUGGAGACGAGGAUGUGAUCUCUUAUGCCUUACCAAAGUUCUUAAAUAGAAUCGAACGCCUGACGAAAGAGUGUCAAGACAAUUUGAAACCCUUUUAUGCUGAAACAAAUCGAAUCAACCCCAAUGGAGCUGAAUAAACCAAAAUAAUUCAGAAAGGAACUUAAAAUUCUAGAUCAACCUGACGGGAGAAAGGCACAUUGGACUUAAAUUGAAAACAUUAUAUAUUGACACCACGAGGCUACCGAGGUCGUCUGAACAUAUUAUCUAACAGGCUGUACAAUCAAAUUAUCCAAACCCUAUUGAUCACCCUUCAUUGUCUGUAAAGUUUGAUAAAUGAUAUAUUUUGCAAUGAUAAGCCGUAUUUUCUAAACUAAUUUGUAAGUUCGUUACACUUAGGUUUCACAAAUAAAUAAUAUCAACAAAUGGGAAUCUAAAACAUAUUCCAAUCGAUGUUCAUCCAUUUUGAUA